UUAGUCGCCCAGUCGCCGUGUCGCGUCAUCUAACAAAUGAUCUACCUGUUGGCGGAUGGUGGACGGAGCACAUUUUGCCGAGGUGUAUUCAAACACGAAUAAUGUUUUUGCAGGUUGUUGUCACGGUAUCUGAAAAACAUGGAGGAAUCCGUUCUAACGUUGGGGAUAACGCCAAACUAUACAAACUAUGAUAGCACCGAAACCCUUAUAUCUGACCUUGACAGUACCUCCUACACCAUCAUGAAGGAAUUACGUCACAAUCUCGGCCACAGACUACGCAAGCGCAAGGAAGUGCUGCGCCAAAGGCAGUGUAUUGUGGACAUCAGUUUUGCCUUGGCGCUGAUCGGAGUUCUGUUCGUAGUAAUAGACACGGAGCUGAUUUUCGCGCACGUGACGACUACAGAUUCUGUGCUCUCCAACACGCUGAGAGGGCUGACGUCAGUGACGACGAUGGGCCUGCUCGUGUGCAUCGUCGGGUAUCACGCGAUCGGCAUCAGACUUUUCAUGGCCAGCGCCGGCUUCUCCAACUGGCGGCUGGCGAUGAGUAGCGCCAAGUGGUGCAAACUGGUCCUCGAACUGUGCAUCUGUGCCAUCCACCCGCUGCCCUUCCUCAACAUCCCCAUCGCCACCGUGGUGGUCAUUUCCGACGAGAGCUCGUCCGUGCUGAAGGACGCGUACCUGCCCAUCAACGGCAUACUGACGAUCCUGAUGUCCCUCAGACUCUACCUCCUGGGUCGGUUCAUCGUCGUGCACAGCAAGCUGUUUCUCGACACGUCUGUGCAGAGCCUGGGCGCCCUCAGUCGGGUGAGAAUCAACGCCCAGUUCGUCUUCAAGGCCGUGAUGUCGACCACGCCGGGCAUCGUGUUGCUCUGCAUCAUGUUCGGGACGUUCUUCAUCAACAGCUGGAACCUGAGGCUGUGCGAGGUCUACAGCGACCCGGACACCAAUUUAGCCAGCUACCCUCAGGCGCUGUGGCUGACGGCUGUAACGUUUCUCACCGUCGGCUACGGCGACCUUAUUCCCCGCAGCUACUGCGGCAGGAUGAUCGUCGGGUUCACCGCCCUAAUGGGCGUCGGGAUCAUGGCCCUCUCUGUAGCGGUUCUUGCCAAGAAUCUUGAACAGACCCGAUCGGAGAAGUAUGUGUACAGCUUCGUGCAGCAGAUAUCGCUGGACAAGAAACGGAAGCACGCGGCGUCCGACGUCAUCAAACAGGUGAUUCGAAUAUGGCGGCAGCGCCGCGCGGGGGCCACCGACACCGACCACAAGAUCAUCUCGUACCGCAGCAAGCUAAUCCGAUCCAUUCGAAUAAUGAACGAGCAGAAGUUCUUAAAGCUGCACCUCCAGGAGGUGACCGUGGGUCCGGUGGAGCUAGCCACCAGUCUAAAUGACACGCGCGUGGUGGUGGGGUCAAUUCAGGACGACCAGAAACUCUUGUCGCAGAGAAUGACCAACUUGGAAACUCUUACGAUGGACGUGAGUUCGACGCUCAGGGAGAUUAAGGAGGUGGUUACCAAAAAGAAAUUCUUUUAAAGUUGAUUUACUCUAUUCUAUGUGAGCGAAAUAUUAAGGUCAUUUGGGAAAUUUGGAAUACGUAGGCCAGCAUUAAUAAAAUACUGUUAUGCAGAGUGUUAUGUUACGAUCAUCUGGCAUGUUUGGAAUAUGUAGGCCAGGAUUGACAACGCACAGUUAUGCCGAGUUUAAUGUGAAGUGCAUCAAUUGGGACUUCUUUUUUUUGGAACAUAUAGCCAAGGAUAAGUAAAAUACUGUUAUAGAUGCACAGUCUUCUUCAGGAUAGGACUUGCGUUUAAAAGCCGCCAGACACAUAUGUUCUAAACGAGAAUCAGACUAUAAUGACCAUGUGAAUGCCAUGUAAAUAUUCCAGUGGAGAAAUGUGUUUUAUUGCAACGAUUCUUGAAGUCCGGAUGCAUUCACGUAUAUCUCAUUAAUUUAUUCGGUUUACUCCACGAUGCAAAGCUUGAACAGUGAUUUUUGUUGAAAGCUGUCAUUUCAGAGGUUCAAGGAGGAAGAGACAGCACCAGCCUUUAAGGCUAAAACUUAACGAUUAUCUAAAACUGUGGCCUCCUUUGAACUUAAUGCCUGGACCAAUGACAUUCUAGUUUCUGGAUCGACCUUGCCCAUCCAACGAAAGUGUGAAGUUUGAUAUCAUGGACAUCUGGUCGCACAACACAACCACGUUGACAUUUAACACACCAAGUCACGUGGCAUCAUUAGUGUGCUACGACUGGUGUACCUUUGCGACAGUUGAUUCUAGAAAGCCACGAACAAUACCUUAUGAUGCUGCAGAUUGGUUGAUUAUAACAGAACGGUUUUAGCAGUCACAUUUAAAGUUAGAUGAUAUGUCCUGUCAGAGAGGUGUAUGGUAGUCUUACAAUAGCAAUGCAAUGGAUACCUUGACACGAACUGAGUUACAACGGUAGGUUUUACAAAGCGCUGACUAAAAUCGCGUGUGAAUACAACAGAUACCUUAACAGGGAUCGCGCUGUUGCGACAUGUUGUUCCAAAAAGACAUAGCAAGUCGCACAAAGCAGUACCUUAAUAAGAAUCGUGCAUUUCGGAUUUCGGCAAGUCGGUACGCUUAUCAAGGAGCUGUGAGUUGUACCUUGCAGUAAUUGCCUGCAAAAAGACUUGCAUAAUACAAAUAGAUGUCCGAACUGGAAUCGUGUCAUUGUGGCAGUUGAAAAGACAUAAUAAGACCUUAUAUAUGCCACUUCAGAUGCCGAACUUCAAAUGUUUGUCAGCAGUCAGACAAAGUCGUUUUUCACUGAUUUUCUGACGCGUGCUGGCCAGUAGAAACCGGGAAGGGGGUGGGUGCGUGGUCUUGGGGUCUGUCUCCUCACUUGAGGACGAAAAUGUACUGCUCCUUUGUCCAACUCUUAUGUAUAAAGAUACCAAUCAGGGCCCAGUUUUUAAAACAUUUCCUUUUAAUAAUUAUUAUUACACAAAUGCCAAAGAAACUAUAGAUUUGAUUAUGUAUUGAUUAUUUUGGUUGUUCCAAGUGAGGUUUCAACAGUAUGUUUUAAAUUAUUGUUUGUAUUGAUUCAGACUUUGGUUUUGAAACAUUCUGUUUACCACCGAUUAAACUAACUAACCUCUGAACAACUGGCCCCUGGCUGUUGCUCCCUCCUAAAGAGUGUUGAGAAAAUGUGGCUCCACGCUUGAGUUGUCGUUCAUACGGACCUGACGUGUCUUGAAGAAAGUGGAGAAUAUAUGCCGUGCCUGUGAACGAUUAAAGUUAAGACUCGUGGCUUUUAUGAAGUCUGUCUCAUGUUAAUUGUAUAGAGGCAUACUUAAAGAACAGAGGCUUCGUAAGUCUUCAGUCUGGACUUUUAAACAUUUUUAGCACAGGCUCUGGUGUAAUUUGUACAAACUAACAUUCCUCACAAGCCUAUUGCUUUGUUAAGCAGAAUAACUGGGGAAAUGCCUACACUAUACCUCGUUCCAACAAACAUUUAAAGUUGUGUUCUUGUUUUGUUUUGUUUGUUUUUUGUUGGGUUGUUGUUGUUUUUUUGUUUUUGUUUUGUUUUUUGUUGUUUGUUUGGGGGUUUUUUGGUGGGGGUAAAUAAUUCCAGUUUGGCUUGAUAGAAAAAUGUCCAAGGAAAUAACAAAAAUGCUGUAUUUCCAUGUGCAAUUUGUAAAAGCAUUGGCCAAUAUAUCGAUAAACAACAGUACUCACCCACAGUGAAGAAUGUCGUCUGCUCGUGACGCUGAAAUUAUAUUUCCAUCAUUAGUCUCCUACCAAAUUCUAAGUUUAGUUAUUACUUUGUUAUUAUGUGUCUACUAGUUUUACAUCUGUUUUGUAUGUGUAGGAAUUGUUUGUUUUUUUGUUUUUUUAAAUCGAGAAAUAAGAAUUUUAAACGUCAUUAAGGGUACGUAUCGCUGUUUCAAUACAUCUUGAACAAUGUGUUCACAUAAAAAAAAUGGAACACUUUUGAUUUAGUAAACUAGUCUGGGAGUAGCAGUCCUCUUUUGGCGGUACAAGAAAGAUGAAAUCUCCAGUAAAGUAUCUCCCCGGGAGUGGCUGUCGUCCUAUAGACCAACUCAUGGAAUCAACCACUAUGUUGUUAAAUACCCAGUGGACUCUGCAUUGUGCAGAGAUACGGUCUUGACCAUGUAUUACGGUUUUGUCGUUUAGAUUAGUUAUUUCGAAAACAGUUUACCAUUUCUUUUUUACGUAAAGCUAAACUGGAAUUAUUGCCAGAAAAAUGACUUUUUUUCCUCUUUUUUUUUUCUUUUUUUUUUCUGGAAUAGGCUAUAGAUUGUCUUUGAGGCAUUGUAUUGGAGAAAGGGAGGCAUGUAUUGUGUGUUUCGGUAUCUUAUGAUCAACUAUACAAUGUGUAAAUAAUAAGAACGUUACUUUUAAUAAUGUUGACUACUGUAAUUAUGUGAAUGAUUAAGUCCACGGGAUCCAUGUCUAAACAAGACACGGCUAUUAUUCUGCACUUAGCUCUAGCACUGACGUGGAAUAGUUAGUCAAACUAGUGUGGGAACUGGUACUAACUACAAAAAGACUAUUUGAAAAAAGAAAACGGAAAAAUAUACGCACCGACCUAUGUAGCAUUGUGGUUAAGUUAUCAGACUAAGGGCUGGUGGGUACCGGAUGAGUGAUUUGUGACGUCAUGGUAUAUUGAAUCAAGCCAGAACAUCUCUUCCACGGGAUGCGAACCCGGUACUUACCUGCUUUAAGUACGGUGACUUAACCGCUACACCACCGAGGCCGAUCGACCAAACCUAUAACUCUAACCCACUCGUUAUAUACGAUACAAAGUACUCCACAAUGGUUAUUCCAAGUGUAAAACUAAAACUAACUCUGAUGUUCAAAACUGAACACAUACAUAAUCUGGACUCGGUGGGCCAAAUUUACUAAACCUGUUUCCUUAAACGCAGGUGUUUAAGCCAAAUAUAAAUGUAUGAAGUUACACGAUUAUGAGACUAAAACAGGAUUUGCAAAUUCCACCCAAUAUUUCUGCUGCAAGGAAAUUACACUGCAGCCGCAAUAUUUUAUUCCCAGUCGCUAAACCGAUCCACUUCCCGAUCCAAGCGUCAUCCCUGAAUGAGGUCGAACUCGGUGGCAAGGGAGUAAAGCCACUGCAUCGACGUUUCUCUGUCAACUGUGAGUUAACCCAUAUCCUGGACACAGCCCAGAUAGCCGAGUUGUGUGCCCAGGAUAUCGUGCUUGAAUCGUAAUUUGAUACAGGUAUUAAAACCAUUAUUUAAAAGCAUUGGGUACGUAUCUUAUCUAAUAUUGGAAUUCUGAUUGCAAUAUGUUCAUUGGGAGUAAGGUUUGGGAGUGACCGUUACAAGUUACGAGUUUAAAAUUAAAUUACACAUUUUAUUAUCACUUUUAUUUUGGAAAUAAAUGAACAUGAAAAGGGUCACAGGUCAAUCAUCUCAUUGGUUCUGACGAGAAUCACGCACAUUAGGUUCUUUUGUCUUUUAUGUAGAUUAUUGUCGUGAUAUUCAGCUAGUUUUGUUAUCUCAGACUUGAAAAGACAGGGUCGUACCCUGUUCAAAAUCCAGUGUGUGUGUGUGGGGGGGGGGGGGGGGGGCACUACUUUUUA